AUGUUGAAGACGGAACUACAUGUACAGCGCCGCGCAUACUUUGUUUAUGAGAACGAGCCAGCGAGCAUAGGCGUACGCGCAAACAUGGCGCCUAUGGAAGUCUCUGCCGACAGUGGCACAAAAAUCAAUCUUUCUAUGUUGGUUGAUUUCCUUCUACAGAAGACUUAUCAUGAUCUAACAGUGCUGUCAGAACUGUUACCAAGGAAAUCUGAUAUAGAGAGAAAAAUUGAAAUUGUGCAGUUUGCCAGUAAAACACGCCAGCAGUUUGUGCGUCUGCUUGCUUUAGUGAAAUGGGCAGCAAGUGCCGAAAGGGUCGACAAAUGCCAGGCAAUCUCAACUAUUUUGGACAAACAGUCUAUGCUGUUUGUAGACACUGCAGACAUGCUGGCAAGAAUGUCCAGAGAAACUCUUGUAAAAGCAAGACUGCCCACCUUCUGUUUGCCAGCCGCAGUGGAUGUCCUGACUGGGGGGACAUAUCCUCGUCUUCCAACAUGUAUUAGGGAUAAAAUUGUACCUCCAGACCCUAUAACUGCUGUUGAAAAGACAAAAACACUGCAAAGACUAAAUCAAGUCAUUCAACACAGACUGGUGACUUCUAAACUACCACCUGAGAUGGGUCAGAUGAUCAUUGCUGAUGGGAGAGUAAAGUUCAGAGUGGAACAUGAAUUUGAGGUGAUGUUAACUCUCAUGGGUGAUGACUCUUCAAUCCCUUGGAGGGUUUUAUCAAUUGACUUUUUGGUUCAAGAUAUGGAAACUGGUGAUGGGAAGUCACUUGUUCAUGUCCUUCAGGCCCAAUAUAUUCAUCAGCUUGUGCAGUCAAGACUGUUUGCAGAGGAAAAUCCACUUGUUGACUUGUACAAAUGUUUACAUUCAUUUUGUCUCUCUCUUCAGUUGCAAGUUCUUCACUUUCAGGCAAAACAGUUGAUAGUUGAGCGAUGGGGAGACAAUGUUCGUAUAGAGGAGUAUGCCAUUGGCAAAAAGCUUGUUGUAUCAUAUUGGAGAAAUAAAGGUUCAGUUCAACAAGGUCAGAAAACAGGUCAUAAAAUAAGUAUAUGUGGGGAUGCUAUUGAUGAACCAAGCAGCCUCUGUGUCCAACACUCACCAGCUCUUCCCUUUGAGUUUAAUCAGGAUUGCAUCUCUAAAGUCACUCCCGGUGACCUGUACAUAGAAAAGCUCCUGACACUUACUAUAAAAGCUCAGUCAAACGUGAAGCUUAAGGGAUUACUUCAGAUGUUGACACAGGAUUCAUCCUUGAAGUCCAGAGUCACACUAGAUGACUUUUGCCCAAGUCUUGUGAUACAAGUUAUGCCUAACUCCACCCCUGCAGAGAUUCUAAUUGUCACGGUUGGAAAGAGGAACGGGAUUUUUCAAGUGUCACUGGGUAAUGGGGAAGAUAACGCUGUCUGUACAGAGCUUGAAAACACAUUGAACGCAAAUUUGGAUCAAUUUAUUACUGUGUUAAGAGAUGCAAGAUGUCAGCUGUAUGUGCAGAGAUACAUGAAAUCCACAGUUCAUCUUCCCGUCACUGUCUCCUUGUCUUUACCAGUAGUGAAUUUAGCAGAUCACAAAUUGUCCCAGCUCAGCAAACAUAAACUUUACAUCCAGUUCCGCCGCCAUCCGUCUUACUGUCUGGUGGUCGAAGUACUUUGUAACAAAGAUUCGGAAGAAGCCACCACAAAGUAUCAUCUCUUAAAAGUGAAACCUACGUUUGGCGAUGAAGCAAAUGAGGCGAGCGCAUCAACUGACACAGGCAGUGGAGAUCAAAAACCCAAACGAGUUGAGGUAAAGAAAGAGGGGAGAAAGAGCCAAGAUCGAACAAGGCAAAGCUGCGAUGGAACAAGGAAUGCUAUAGCAGAGAAUAUUAAGAGAAGACGCGCAAUCUUUUUGAUUGCUGGUCACAUGGUCACCUUGAAUGCCCAAAAAAUGACAGAUUACGCUGGGACACCGCUUGAAGCAGGUCUUCAUUCCAGCCGUAAAGACGAUGAAGGAAAAAAACGAAAGCUCGACUCUUCAGAGGAAGAACUCCAUGGUAAAAAGAAACAGAAGAACUUAAAAGAUGUUUUAGAAGAAGGAAGAAAUAACUCUACUUAUCAACCGACAAUGGGUCAUGUGGUUGCUAUUUGUCACGCAAGAAUACCAUUCAUUCAGCUCCGCGAGGAGCUGAGCCGACACAAGAUUAUCGACCAAGACCUGACGUCAGAGGCUGGAGUCGGGUUAGCUGUCCGAUUGUCUAACCUACCCCUCCCUAGAGACUGUGACGCGUCAUUGGUUCCAGCCCCACAGCCAAGUGUCUUGGAGUGCGUGCUGAGACUUCCUGAUGAGUCACAAGGAACCUGUCUCCUGGAAAUGAUUAUGGAUAAUUGUCCACUAGAGGGACUGUCAGCGAACGAAAAGGGCCCCACCCGGCAUGUGUUGUUUGAAUAUAAAAUUCAGGAGGGGAAGGCUCACAACGUCAAUAACAACAAGGGUGGGGAAGGAGACAAUGAUUGGGCAAAACUUGUGGUUGGAAAGCUUUUAAAUGAUUGGUAUAGUGUUUGCAAGUUGUACCGACAUGCCGUGGAACUGGAUACUUUUCUUAAAGAUUCACAAAGCCAUUUUCGCCAUAUGUGCCGUGUUUAUUCUUACGACUACAAACAGCUGACACUACAGUAUGACCCUGAUAAACAAAGCUUGGUGACUUUCGAAUGGUCUGUGGAGCAGUCUCAGUUUGUUUUGACAUUGGGGUAUUGCGGCUCAAGUCUGAGUGGAAAUCCACAGAGUUACACCGCCAGGCAUCUACAACAAGAGUUCAACAAUCAUCAGAAUCUGCCGUAUAUUGUACAGAUUCUUCACGAAACGUUUCGACCACUCUCGGCCCUAGCAAAACUCAGUAGUAAGCCAGUUCUUGGUAUACAGGUCUAUCGACCUCUCACACCCUUGAGGAAGUUUACCGUUCUCCCCCAGUCUUCCUCACAUGUGCUGCUCGUCUACAGAAACAGUAACGCUCUGGAAAUUCGUUUUCAAGCGAAGAAUCUUGUUGCCAUAAGAGAUGCCUUCUACAGUGUGGUGGAUCCAAGUAAGGGCAGAGGAUUUGUUCUGCCAAUCCCAAAUUUGAAGAUCUUUCUUCAAAUGUACAUAGACGAUGUUGCCAAGACCGGAGGAAUCACUUCCCGUAAUACUUCAACCGCAGACGACGAGGCCCCUCCCUCGCCUAUUACCAUGGAAACGGACGCACCUGUGAUUGAAGCACAGUUUACGUCACCACAGCCGGUGCCUGGCACCGCAAAUCUUACCGCAUCACCCAUGAUCCCUCGCACCUCGCCCCAAGCCCCUGCUGCCUCGGUCAAUGUGCCAUCGCCAUUUUCUGCGUCGCCGAAUGUUCAUAGUCCGGGUAAUAUCUAUGGUGUUGGUUCUCCAGGGUCGUGGCCCAUGUCUCCACAGUACACUGGUAGCGGCCAGGGUUCCAAGUACAGGCCCUCUCCAACUCCCCAACCAAUGCAAUCAGGGAGUGGAUUAAAGCAACCAACCACUCCACCUCGACCGCUGACUGCAAGAACGUGGGCUGCUACUGUUCCAACAAUACUGUCUCAUAAAGCGUUGAUCAAAUUGUGUACCCCAGUCCCCGUGCCUUGCUCGGUGAGGCACGGCCCACCGGUCAUGGUAUCUCCGUUGGAGCGGUUCCUGUGCUGCAUGCAUUUAAAACGGCAUUUAACGCGGUGCAUCCAAGAUGAAUUGUCCACCAAACUAUCUUUACUAAGGAAUGAACUACCGAACAGUUUGGCGUUCAAAACAACCCAACCAACGACAAACCUGCAGUACUUUGUCAGUACUGAUCCAUCAUACACUGCGUUGCGACUCAGUGCCAAGCCUCUACCCGGUCAAGAAUUUUCCUGGAAAGAUGAACUAAGUACUCUUGAGAGAUUCUUUGAAACAAGGGUGGCCUGUCCUCCUUACAAGACCAGUGCUUUAACAGCGUUCGCUCGAAUUCUGUGCGCUCCAGCCAACAUACUCCGAGAUUGUAUCAAGAUUAUGAAAUUGGAACUGAAUCAUGAUCCAAACGUGUUGAAAUGGCGCGUAGAAUGGUGCCUCAGUAUACCCCCCAACGGACCUGAGAUUGCGCCUCCCGGAACCCCAGCAGUGGUCCUGAAAGGGAAAAUGUUGUUCUUUAUACAACUUAGCAGGCCUAUCCCGUCAUCCCCAACAGGCGAAGAGCAAAUAGUUACAGUUCCCAUUCUCCACGACAUACAGAACAACACGACCCAGCAGGCUGAGAUGCCGUCGCGUCCAGCUCUUUCCGCCGGCUCGGUCAUGAGUUCCAAUCAUGCUGCCAUUGUGAAUUCAACCUUGAGGCGGUGGAACGAAAUAACACCAAGAACAGGUGAAUGUACCAUAUUUUCAGCGGUGUUUGAGCUCGCCCGGAACCUUGAUAUUCCUCUUUAGACAACAAUUAUUUAUUGGUCGAUAAAACAUUGUACAAUUUUUAUCCCGUAAAAGAUCUGACAAAGUCAAAAACUUUAACACGUUGGAUUGAAAACAUGAUAUUGAAGCUCUCUGUAGUAGUAUUAAACCUCGGCUCAACUCUUGUGGACUGUAUGUAUCUGUUUUCCUUGAGCAAAUAUAUCACUCUCCCUGCGAAACUUUUUGGGCUGUGUUUGCAUUACUGUGCGAUCGCAAUAUUAAUGCUCUUUGGGAGGGCACAAAAACGGCAUCCCUAAACUCAGCCCUUUAAUUUUGUUUGAAACAAUUUGGUGAGUAACACCGCAUAGUUGUAAAACCAAGACAAUAAAAACCAAACUGAAUGAA